CACGCAGUUUCGUCGGACGGAAAAGUAACGGGACGUUCGAAAAAAUAGAUCAAGGCGGUCACAUUUUAUAAUUUUUUUUUUUCACUUUCAACUACUCCUGUUCAGCACGUGACCGUUGCGGCCGGGUUGUCACCUUCCUGUCUUCUCCUUUCCUUUGUCCCUGCAUUCUCUUCUCUCCUAUUUUUCCGAUUCUGAAUUCCGAAUUGCACAAUUCAAUAAUUCAAUGGCUUCUUCGAGCUCCGGCGGGAGCUCAAUUCCGGCUCCAGAGGCCGUUCAGGUGCUGGUUUCGUCGCUAGCAGAUGAAUCUACGAUAGUCAAGGAGGCCUCCAUGGCCUCUCUCAAGGAAAUCUCUUCCCUGAAUCCGCUUCUGGUUCUCGACUGUUGCUGUGCUGUUUCUCGUGGAGGGCGUAGGCGUUUUGGUAACAUGGCUGGAGUUUUCCAAGUAAUGGCCUUUGCAGUUCGUUCAUUAGAUAAAAAGGACAUCGAUCCGGCUUACAUGGGAAGGCUCGCUAAGAUUGCAACCACAGAGAUCAUCUCCUCAAAGGAUCUUAAUGCAGAUUGGCAAAGGGCUGCAGCAGGUCUGCUUGUUUCAAUAGGUCUGCAUGUGCCUGACCUUAUGAUGGAAGAAAUAUUUUCUUAUCUGUCUGGGCCAAGUUCAGCUUUGCCACAAAUGGUUCAAAUACUUGCAGACUUUGCUUCUGCUGAUGCAUUACAGUUCACUCCACGGUUGAAAGGUGUGCUAUCACGAGUGCUUCCUAUUCUUGGAAAUGUACGAGAUGCUCAGAGGCCAAUAUUUGCAAAUGCUUUUAAGUGUUGGUGUCAGGCUGCUUGGCAAUAUAGCGUUGAUUUCCCUUCCCAUUCACCUCUUGAUGGUGAUGUCAUGUCAUUUUUAAAUUCGGCUUUUGAGCUUUUGUUAAGAGUUUGGGCAGCUUCACGGGAUCUUAAGGUUCGGAUAUAUUCUGUGGAGGCAUUAGGUCAGAUGGUUGGUCUUAUCACCCGGACACAAUUAAAGGCAGCUUUACCGAGACUUGUCCCGACUAUAUUGGAAUUGUAUAAGAAGGAUCAAGAUAUUGCACUUCUAGCAACCUGUAGUCUCAACAAUGUCAUGAAUGCAUCAUUGUUGUCUGAAACUGGUCCCCCUUUGCUUGAUUUUGAGGAACUUACUGUUAUACUAUCAACUCUUCUUCCUGUCAUUUGCAUCAAUGAUGACAUCAAGGAGCAUUCAGAUUUUUCGGUGGGACUGAAGACAUACAAUGAAGUCCAGCGGUGUUUUUUGACAGUUGGUUCUGUGUAUCCUGAGGAUUUAUUUACUUUCCUUCUAAAUAAAUGCAGAUUAAAGGAAGAGCAUUUGACUUUUGGUUCCCUCUGUGUUUUGAAGCAUCUCUUGCCCAGAUCAAUUGAAGCUUGGCAUAGUAAAAGGCCUUUGCUAGUUGAAGCUGUGAAGUCUUUGCUGGAUGAGCAAAAUUUAAGCAUUAGAAAGGCUAUUUCUGAGUUGAUUGUGGUUAUGGCUUCACACUGCUACUUGGUUGGGCCUUCUGCGGAUUUAUUUGUUGAAUAUCUUGUGUGCCAUUGUGCUUUAUCGGAUCAGGACGGAAAUGAUCCAGUUAUCUCCAAGGUGAAAAUAGGGUCAAUUUGUCCAACAGAGCUGAGAGCAAUAUGCGAGAAAGGUCUUCUUUUGCUGACUAUUACAAUUCCUGAAAUGGAGCAUAUUCUUUGGCCUUUCCUUCUGAAGAUGAUUAUUCCAAGGACUUAUACUGGUGCAGUUGCAAUGGUUUGUAGAUGCAUCUCAGAAUUAUUUAAACAUAGAUCUUCCAAUAGCAAUAAUAUGCUUAGUGAGUGUAAAGCUCGUCCUGAUAUUCCAAAUGCUGAGGAGCUGUUUGCCCGUUUAGUGGUUCUUUUGCAUGACCCUCUGGCGAGGGAGCAGCUGGCUACUCAGAUUCUGACUGGCUAGUAUUUUUUAUACUGAUAAAAGUGUUUUAUUUACUCCUCCAUCUCUCUGGACUGCAAGUGCAGGUUCUCUGUCACUUGGCACCCCUUUUCCCAAAGAACAUCAGCUUGUUUUGGCAGGACGAGGUAGAUUAUCAUUUAUAUGGAAGUUUAUUUAGAUACUUUUACUGAAAACAUAAAUUUAUGGUGCCAAAUGCAGUGUCAAUUAUUCUACAUAUGUAACUCUGUUCUAGAAUAAGAGAUGCAUGAACAG